CUAGAAUUUUUAGUCAUGUUUUGUGGGAAAUGGGAAAAUGAGGCAAGAAUUUCAAGUCAUGUGGUUCAUCGUAAUACUGUCCUGUAUAACCCAACAAACAAUUGGAUCCAGUUAUCCCUUAAGAAGGGAUCCGCGGCAUUUGAGAGCGAAGCGUCUGAUGCCCUAUGAAUGUGGAGAGCAUGGCCAGAGAGAGUGCUCCAGGGAAAGAGAGAGUGGCCAAGAGGUAUCGCAAUCGCUGCGGAAGAAUUGCAGAGCGGGCAGCUCCAAAUCUCGCAGCACGGGAAUUGCGGUGAAGGCGGCGCAGGAGGCAAAACAGGCCAACGAUGAUAUGGCGAGUGCUGUGAAAGUCGCCUCAGAUCGGAUUAAACUGGAAUACGCUGAGAAGGCGGCAACAGCGGCCAAAGCAGCGGAAGCUGUGCUCUCAUCCAAGCUCCAGGUGCUGGAGCAGCUGGAGAUGGAGGUGCGAGAGGCGGAGAUUGUGGUGCAGGAGGAGUCGCAAGAGCUGAGCUCAGCCGAGGCCAACAGCCAGCUGGCAUUGAAGGCCCAUCGACAGGCACAGGAUGAACUGAAGUUGCUGCAAACCGGUCUCAAGUUGGCCCGGGACAAUUACGCGAGUGCCGAGCAAGUUUCAGCCGCCUGCCAACAGUCCAUGGCGGACAAGACGACCCUCAUGGAAACCGCCCAGAAACGAGUUCAACUCCUGCUGCGACAACUGAGCGAAGCUCGCGGGGAUUACACCAAGACCAAGAAGGCGGCCUACAGGGCUUUGUGUGCGGCCAACGAGGCCAAGCAGAGGAUUCAGCAUACUCAGCGUUGAACAACUCAAAGAUCAAAGUUCACUUCUUUUUUUCAUAUACUUACCUUUAUAUAUUUUAUAAUAAAACAUAAUAUAUUUAAAA